UGUCCCGGGGCCGUGGGGCGGAGCACGAUUGCAGCGGCGGAGGAGGGUAGGGGGUGUGCGGUGCGUCCCGUCUAUCCGAACCGUCCAUCCGCCCAUCGGGGCAGGAUGCUGCGGCGGCGCUGCGGUCGCCUGCUGGCCCAGCUGGCCCAGCUGGAGCGGGCACGGCAGCUGCUGGAGCUGGACGGCCGCCUGGAGGAAGACUUCAUCCGCGUUGUACGCAGCUUUGAGGCGACACGCCAGCGGUGCUGCUGGCUGGAGAAGGACAGGCAGCGUGCCCACGAGCAGCUGGCCCGUGCUGAGGCUGAGCGGAUGGCACUGGAGGUGAAGCUGAAGCAUGCCCGCAACCAGGUGGAGGUGGAGAUGAAGAAGCGGCACCGUGCAGAGGCUGAGCUGGAGAAACAGGAGCGCAGGCUGCAGCUGAUCCUUGAGCUGCUGAUGCAGGAGCCGUGGGGCAGUGAAGAGCAGUUCUCUGUUCUCAGCGCCCUGUCUGGAUGGCGUCUGGGGACAGCCCUGGCAGCAGGCAGGAGGUCAUCUGCUGUGGAUGAGUCGUGCCAGUCCCUCCUGUCCCACUCAGACAUCAGCUAUGACCGCACUGAGGAUGAUGUGGAUGUUGAUGUGAUGGUGGUGCGGGCCUUGAAGCGCAAGGCCCAGGAAAGACAGCGCCUGUCCCUGGCCCCUCAGGUUGGCCCUGUGGUUGUGGCGAAGCGGCACCGUUCUUCUGUGGCACCCUCCUGCACUGAGAGCAUCCCCCCUGCACCCCGUCCUGCUGAAGUCCUGGAGUCUGCCCGCAGCCCCCCGCCUCCUGUGCUAGUGCCACGCCGCUGCUCGCGCCAGGGUCACCGCGUCUCCACCCAUGCAGAGCUGACCACAGUGUGGGGCACCAGCGAGAAUCGGGGUGGCCGUGCAUUGGUGCAGGAGAGCCAGGCUGAGGGCGGAUCUGUGGGGCAGCCGGCGCCGGGCCCCCCUCACUCCCCUCCACCUGACUUCCCGUCCCCCCAGCACCACUUCUCCUCCAAAAUGGUCAUCCGCCCGGAGCCCUGCGGUGCAUGUAGCUCCCGCCUGCGCUUCGGGAGGGCUGCGCUCAAAUGCCGCCAGUGCCAGCUGCUGCUGCAUCCCAAGUGCCGGGAGCGCUGCCCCGGGCCGUGCACCGCCCGGCCUCGCCCACAGCCCCGGCCCCGGGAGGGUGUGCUGGCCGACUUCGCCCCCCGGACCGCCCCGCUGGUCCCAGCGCUGGUGGUGCAGUGCGUGACCGAGGUGGAGACGCGGGGCCUGGCUGAGGCUGGGCUGUACCGGGUGCCGGGCGCGGAGCCGCAGGUGCGAGAGUGGAAGCGGCGGCUGCUGCACGGCGGGGAGACACCAAGCGGCGUGGCCGACAUCCACGUGGUGUGCGGCGUGCUCAAGGACUUCCUGCGGAGCCUCAAGGAGCCGCUGGUCACUUUCGGUCUGCACCCGGCCUUCCUGCGGGCUGCCGACAUCCCCGACGAGGCUGCCUGCGGCACGGCCCUGCGGCACGUGGUGGGCAAGCUGCCUGCCGCCAACAGGGACACGCUGGCCUUCCUCAUGCUGCACCUGCUCAGGGUGUCACGCAGCCCUGAGUGCAAGAUGGAUGUCCUCAACCUGUCCCGUGUCUUCGGCCCCACGCUGGUGGGGCACGGCUCUGCCAACCCCACACCACUUGCAAUCAUGGAAGACACACCACGGCAGUGCAAGGUGGUGGCUCGGCUCCUGGCACUGCCAUCUGACUUCUGGAGGGGCUUUGUGGGGACAGAACAAGAGAACCCAGUGCCAACGCCAGAUCCAAGCAGCAAACAUGAGCCGCUGUUCUGCCCCAUCACUGCCCCAGAGCCACAUAUGGGACAGCUGAGCCCCACCAGGACGUGCUGCCUGCCUGGUGCCCUGCGGAGCUGCGUGGGCACAGCCACCCAGGCACCGCAGAGGGCAGCCCCUGGGAAGGUGGGGCGGUUCUUCCCCUCUCCGGUGUAGCUGUGGCUCCCUAGGGAUGGAACUGGUGCCGGAGUAGCAAGGAGGAAGAGAAAGAGGAGGGAGCAGCAUGAGCCUAUGGUGCUCAGCUUCCCUGUAGCUUUGGGUGGUACAGGGAUGAUGCCCUGCGUGGGGCUUGGUGGUUGGUUUGUAUUAAA